GUCAUGGAAUCUCUUGUGCUGACCAGUCUUGUUUUAUUACCACUACUACUAGUAUUUGGUGUGGUGAAAUCGGAGCUUCAAACAGACUUCGGAGGGUCUACCCGAAGUAGAUGGGAUCAUCUAACACUCGCAUUACAAUGGCCACCAACUGUCUGCAGAACAUUUGGAAAGAAUUGCCGUGAAUACAAUGUAAAGAACAACUGGACCAUCCAUGGUUUAUGGCCAAGCCAAGGAUCAUCACAAAGUCCUACAUACUGCAAUAAUUCAUGGCCUUUCGACCCUCAAGCAGUAAAGGAUCUCCGCAUUACGAUGAGUAAGACAUGGAGUACUCUAGAUAAGAGAAAAACGAACGAAGAAUUUUGGGCCUAUGAAUGGGUUAAACAUGGAACAUGUGCAGCCCAAGGAAAGAUUGCUAGCCUACACACACAACACGGCUUCUUUGCUCUUGCUCUUGAACUGAAUUCAGCUGUAAAUAUCUACCGGCUUCUAGCUCGAGAUAAUAUCAGACCAUCGAAGGUCCUUUUCUACCCUUCAGCUUCGGUGAGAUCAGCGAUCCAACGAGGACUAGGUCAUAGUAUUGGAAUGUACUGCGUUGAUCAGAGCUCUAAUUUGUUGAUGGAGGUUCGAAUCUGUUACGGAUUGUCAUUUAAAGUCAUCGAAUGCAAGGAGAUUUUCGGACAGCAGUGUGACCCUAAACGAAAGAUAAUGAUACCUCCAAAGACAUAAUAUAUCAAUGUUGAUCAGUGGUUGCUUUCGGAUGUCUCUAUAUAUAUCAUACACCCAAAGUUCCGCAAGGUCAUUCUGUCAUUGGAUAAAUGCUAUGUAGAAGGUCAUAACGAAUUUAUUUUUCCAUCAAGCACACCAUUUCGCUGUUACGGUUAACCAGCUAUCAAGAUCAGACGUCGUUAUUCAGUAAUUGGCUUUUGAUUUGGGUUUUUUAAAAUUUUUUUCCCCAAAUAUUUUAGUCUGCUAUGCAGACUCUGAAUGGCUCGUUAGGUGGGAUCUGCU